GAUACUACCUCAAAAAUGUCCGCCUUUCAAGGCAACAUGUUUGUCUUGGUAAACGUUGACCAACAUCGAGACCUGAUCGGGCCAAUAAUUAAUCAAUUGGUAGCCGACUACGGGACUCCCGUCUCAAUUGUGGAUAAUAUUCAAAAAAUCUGUCCGAAAUGCUCGUGUACCCCACAUGCCAAUCCGGACAGCUCAUCAGUUCCAACUACAACAAGUUCCGAUGAGCAUCAAGAAGAACCCCCGACUCCAAAAACGAUAGCACCUGCUCCAAUUGCGACUCCAGUUCUAAAGCCACUUCUUCCACAACGAGAGUCUAUUGUCUCAAAUGGAAUUCAUCCGGUGGUUGUGAAACGAAAACAAUCGAUCGCAGAAGAAAUUGACACGCCGGAGAUCAAAAAGAGCCGAGUUGUGGAGCCAGUGAAAGUGAAAACUGAAACGAUUAUACUUGAUGAUGACGAUGGGAAUGUGUUGGACACGGUUCUAGCUGCAUUACAAAAUGGAAACCAUGAAAUGCAGUUUACUGGAUCAGGAGGAAGUAGUGAUGAUGGAGCAUCCAAUUCUAGCAAUAUUUAUGAUGUCGAUGAUGAGGAUUAUGGAACUUCUCAAUGGAAUCCAGAUUUUUUAACCAACUUCAUCACUUCUCAACCGAAUAUUUUCAGCGUAACUGGUCAGAAUAUAAAAUCCUCCCCUUCAAAAAACGCAGGCCAAACGCCGAAUGGCAAGCGCCAAGUUCCGCCAAUGUUAACCGUAAACGGAAAAACGAGGCGUGGACGAAUUGUGUACUCGACGCAGGAGUUGAAUAUACUCGAAAAAUAUUAUGAGGAGGACCCGAAUGCGUGUGCGGAUCCUAGGAAACGUGAGACAAUGUGCAAGACUUUAUCGAUUGAUUAUCAUAGACUUAAAGUAUGGUUCCAAAAUCGACGACGAAAGGACAAGGUUCGAUCGCAAGAAGAAGCUGCCACAACCUUUAAUGGAUUAGAUUAUUCCGAAGAUUCUUAAAAUGUGAUUUAUUUUGUGUGUUUUUAUGAAUGUAAGCAUUAAUAUUAUUAUUCACAAACCCUCUCUUUAAUUUCAAGAUUCUCAUCCCAUCUCAACUCUCCCCCCACAAAUUGUUCAUUCUUGCUCAUGUUCCCAAGUUUAUCGUUUUAAUAAAAUAUGUUUCAACAUAAA